AUGGUGUUUUAUGGAAUACCAAAGAGGAAUCGUAGGAGGGAGUCCUGGAAUCUUCUCCGUACCCCAGUCAACGUUCUCCUCCGCCUUGAUCCCAUUGCUAGGUGGACAAGAAAGGAAAGUAGGAGAUUUAGGUUUGAAAAUGCUUGGGUCGGGAAGGCUGGGAGUGGAGAGAUAAUGGGGAAGUGCUUGGGAGCUAAACAAGGGGAAGCAAAUCUGGGAGAAAAUCUUGAUAUGUGGGGAGGAGCUUCGAAGUGA